CUUCUUUCGGUGCCCCUCAACACACUGUCGCUUCCCCAUUCGUGAAAUGAUUACCAGCAGAUCGGGUUUGUGCACUUAGACAAAUGUAUUGAAAGGAAAUAAUAAGAACCUGCUCGUGUCUGAACAUCCGCAAACAUGGCAGACCAAAGCGACAGCCCUUUACAGGAGCUUGAAAAGGCAUACUGCCCUCCCUUGGACCCAGCUCUACUCACGGCGGUUGCAUCGGAUUUUGAUCUAAUGGAUCAAACACAAGUGGAACAACUUCGUGGGAUACUAGACGCACUUAGACUGUCCGCUUGGGAGCAGGAGGAUCUGCCGUUUGAUCCCUCUGGGACCAGCGGAUUGAGUCCUGAUAGUAACGGCUUUGACAUGGAUGGGGCGUGCCAGCGCUCGCCAUCGCACACCGAUACGAUGCCCUCGCGCGAGACCGAUCUUACCAGCUUGACUUCUGGCAUGUCUGGUUUCAAUCUUGACGACCCCAGCGCUAAUGGGCGAAAGAAUCAUGUGUCGUAUAUUGUUCGUUCGGAUGGAACGCUUUCGCUUCACGGCGCGACCGAUGAGGACAAAAUCGCCUAUCUGUCGGAGAUGUUCCGGUCCACAGAUCGCUUUACCAUAAAGCACACACUACAGAAGGCCGGUGGUGAUGUCGAUCGCGCCAUGGACGAGCUAUUAAACUAUGUCUUCUUUGAUGAGCAGAUCCCUGAUGAGGAUGGCAUCACAGUCGCAGUUCCAAAGGGCGUGGAUGGGUUUCAGGGUGCCGAAGCUGUCAGAAAAAAAGGUCGCAGGCGUAAACCGAAGGGGAAGGCCCUUGCACGGGACCAAUACGCUCGGGCCUCGAAUUGCGGCGAACCUCUGUCAACGAGUUCCACCACCUCAAAUAUAUGGGCAACUGCGGAGAAGGAGGUCGAGUUCAUAUACUCGCUUACAUCGGCGGUCCUCCCCAAGGAAAGGAUCCGGUCGGCAUACCAUGCCAACGGGGCGUCGUUGCCAACCACGAUACAGGCACUGGCGAAAACAUAUGCUCCUGGAUCCAAGGAUUGCCUCAAGACUGAUGAGCUGCUGGCUGCCCAGGUGUCUGAACUAACACAACAGUUCCCUAUGAUUACAUCUGAUACAUCUGCGGGACUACUCAUCAUUACACGGCAAAUACCCUCUGCAGCCAAAGAGCUAGCUGAUGUCAUGCUGACCGUUCCUGAGACGUCACUGGCCCCCUUGUCUGAACUGAUCAAGAUCACAUCAACCCUUCCUCCCCUGGAUGACGAGGAUGAAGUGGCUGAACCCCGAAACCCCGGACCGCGCUUCGCCCAUAAUCUGGAAAACGUGAAAAGUGCAGCACACGUUCAUUUUUCGGCGGGAGCGGAGGCAUUUUCGAAGGCGUCAACGGCAUAUAGACGUGGAAAGUCUGAUCGAUUGAUGGGAGGGGCUGCUGCGUACUAUUCCUCUGUUGGCCGAGACCAUUUGGAAUUGGCGAAGCGCAAUGCCGCGGCUGCAGCGGACGCUCUCGUCGACCGACAAUCUACAUCGAACAGGCUUGACCUCCACGGGGUGUCUGUGCAGGAUGCCGUCCGCAUCAGCCGCGAACGAGUCUCCGCUUGGUGGGAAUCGUUGGGUGACACCAAGCUCAUGGGAGGAUCGAGCUAUGAGAGGGCUCAGGGAGGCUUCCACAUCGUCACCGGAAAGGGCCGUCACAGCCACGAUGGCACAUCCCGCCUAGGUCCGGCCGUUGGCAAGAUGCUGGUUCGAGACGGAUGGAGGGUGGAAGUAGGCGAGGGCUCUCUUACGGUCGUUGGAUUCAUGAAACAACGUUGAUAGAUUCUUGUCUGGGGCUGCAGUGUUUUGGUUCUUGCGAAGAUACCCUGGGGUUGCUCAUCUAUUGGCGCUUGGAUCUAUCUACCGCACGGAAGGCGUUAUGGGAGAAAUUUCAGGUGUUUCGACUUAGAAUCUGGGUUAGAUGAAGAUAUAAGUUUGAGAUAGAACAUACGACAGUCUGACAAUCGCCU